UGUUGCAGUAAUAUUGCAAUCCAGGAAAGAUCAAACCACAAAAUGCAUCUGUAAUUGUUUGUUUUGUGGAUGUUUCUUUAACCGUUCAACCAAACGAAACGGCCAUCCAAUAUACCCUCGACCGAACACCUAAGCCAAAAGCCCUCUCUCUCUAGUUUUCCAGCCAGGACUGGUAGGAAAAGGAUCUGCUAAAAAAAGCCACAAUCUUUAUUCUAAUUCCUACAGCAAAAUGAAGAUAAAAGUAGUUCAUCGAAGUGAACCCCCAACUCAAGAACAUCGUAUUUCCUAUCCAGAUACACCCAAGAAGGAAGUUUUUGAUGAGGAACCACUUGGAACUCAACUCCCUGAACCUGACCCUGACCCUGACCCUGAGCCUGCUUCAAGCAAAGACAACAAUUUGAGUGUUGUUGAUGCUUCCAACCCAAUUAACUCUGUAACUCUAUCUGCCCAAACUCUCUCAUCUUCCUUGCUGGGUAAAAGAAGGAGGAAGCCCAAGGAGAUAAUUGAUCAGAUUUCACCAAUUCCCUUCAGGAGGAAGAGGGCAAUCAAGAAACAACCUUCUGCUUCUCAAUCCAACAAUGCAGUAGGUGAUGCUGGGGGCAAGUCAAUUAGCACCAAACAAGAGAGAUGUACAGCUGAUGGGUCUGGUACUGCUACCCAAAUGAAAUCACCAAUCAUCAUUCGAGCAGAGGAGUUCCUGUCAAAUAUAGGGAAUGAAUAUCCCAGCUUCAUGAAAUUAUUAGUUAGAUCACAUGUUGGUAGUUGUUUUUGGAUGGGACUUCCUGUGCCAUUCUGCAAGAACCAUCUACCGAGAAAGGACACUCCAGUUAUUCUUGAAAGCGAGACCGGCGAAGAAUUUGAGAUAAAGUAUAUUGCUGAAAAGACCGGACUUAGUGCAGGAUGGAGAAAGUAUUGCACUGCUCACAAGUUGGUUGAGGGUGAUGUUUUAGUUUUCCAACUAGUUGCGCCUACUAGAUUCAAGGUGUACGUCAUAAGAGCGAAUGAUCUAAAGGAGGUGGAUGGCGCUCUUAGCCUUCUAAAUUUGGAUGCACCUCCCAAGCAAAGUGAUGCAGAGGGAGCUCCUGCUCAUAACUUAAAGAAGCGUCAAAAGAAGUCUCUUCCCUUAACUGUUGUGCAUAGGAGGAGACGAAAGGCGGAUCUGAGUAAACAACUUCUGGCACUGGAGGCACAGUCGGGAAAUGAUAGCGAUGAGGUUGCUUCAGAAAGUUUAGAGGGCUCAAGGUCCUCUGGACUUGCUGUUAAUUUUAGAGACAUUAAGAACCUUGAGGAGUUCCACAUUUUGGUGAAUGGAGUAUGCAUAGACUCUGAACUUCCUGAAGAUAUAAGAAGAAAGUACUACGAGUUAUGCUGCAAUAAAAGCGCUUUUCUUCAUGAUCGUCUUCUACAAGGCCUUCAUUGUAAGUUGGUUGCUGGUGUGAUUUUUGAAGUCGUCAACAUUGCUGAUGCGAUAAGAGCUUGCAAGCUCACCACCAAGCGUACGGAAUUUGAUAUAUGGGAGAAGUCAUUGAAAUCUUUUGAACUUCUAGGCAUGAAUGUUGGAUUUCUGAGGACUCGUCUGCGCUGGUUGGUGAGUCUUGCAUUCGAUUCAGAAGGUGCUUCAGACACCAAGAGGUACUGGGAAGCUAAAAACGAGUGGUCUCGAGCUGAAGAUGAGAUAAGGAAUCUUGAAACAAAACUUGUGGAACUGAAAAAAACUUCUGAAAAAUAUGGUGCUGAUGUUGAGGCUCUGAAAUCAAAAGCUGAGAGCUAUGAGCUUAUGUUCCAAGGAGAAGUUAAUGCCCCAUGGUAGUGUUCUCUAUGUUUCAACUUUAUUUUAAGCAGUAUGCAGCAAAUGGAGAAUGUUGUUAGUAACUCUUAGUAACACUUAGAGAGCUUGAUAAUUGUACUUUUGACUGCUAAACUCUGCUGUUAUUGUGUUGAAGUACUAUGUAAGGUAGACCCUUGUGGUUCGGCCCUUUUCCGGACCCCGCGCAUAGUGGGAGCUUUAGUGCACUGGGCUGCCCUUUACUAUGUAAGCCUGAAGACCUAGCUAAGAUUUUCCAAGGACUGGUUUGCCAACAUUUUCGAGACUCUAUGAUCACUGUUUAAGUUUUGUUU